AUGGAUUUGGAAACUGAGAAUCGAAUAGCUUCGAUUCUGUUAAGAGAAGCAGCGGAAUUGAGGAGACAAGCUGAGAAAGACGGAGUCCGAGCUUAUCUUGAGAAGCCUAAUGUAAGGCAUCGACCUAACUCUAGGUUUCUCACUGCUACUGUUCUUGGUGUUCAACAAGCAAACAAAGCUGUAGAAACCGAUGAGAUGUGGAGGCUUAGGCGCGCAGAGAUUGAGUUUGAUGAGAGGCUCAAAAGAAAAUCAAGAGAAGAGAGCAGUAGUGGCCAGAGUGAACAGAACAACAGGAGGAGUUUUGUUAAGAGAUGCACGUCAGUUGAUGAGAAUGCUGCUCGUUCUUCACCAUCGUCAAGCCAAAGCAGAAACAAAAGAUGGCAACCCGAUGAUGAUGAUGAUGAUGGAAAAGGGUUGGGAGAUGUCGAGGUUGAGACUUUUCUGCAGUCAAGGGUUAAGCGUGGCAGAGGCUCCGUUGGUCCAAAGAUGGAUGAACCAUUUCCUUGUCUUCCUGCAACGGAACUGUCUAGAACUUCUGAUGCAGGAGAUCGCAAGUUAGUUGUACAGCCAGAGAGACGGCCUAUAAUGAGACAUAACACAGAUUCUUCUUCUUCUUCCGAUGAUGAAGCUCAUGGGCGUACUUAUAGAAAAAGAAAAGAGCAUAAGCAGAAACUUAGUAAGAGGCACAAGUCAAAAGACGAGAAAAGAGAUAGGAAGGAGAAGAGAAGGGAAAAGAAAAAGAGAAAACAUGAUAGGGACUAG